AUGGCGCCCGACCAGCACGCCCAGCACCACCAGCACGACCGCAUCCAGGAUGCGCUCGACCAAGUGACGCGUCGUCUCGUGCGCCCGGCUUUCCUCUGCAACUUGACGCCCUCGCGCCUCCCGAGCCAGGCGGCGAGCAGCGAUUCCAGCCUCUCGCCGCGCAGCCCCGGACCCACCCACGAAGCACGGAGCUUGUUUGGCCCGCACGCUUCGCACCGCCGUCCUUCUCAUCUGAACCAGGUCGCCGUCAUCUGGGACGAUGCGCUGGAGAAGGCAGACCUCGUCGCGCCGCUAAUCCUAGAGCCGUAUGCCGACGGCAGCGCCCCAAGCGUAGAGCCCGUCGUGCGCAAGUCCCUCGAAUCGCACUUUGUCGGCGCCCGCAAAAUGGCCUCGGACCGCUUCCAGACCUUCUCGCACGGCCACCAGGACCUCGUGCUGGCCGUCGAUUUCAAUUACUUUGGCACGCGCAUGGUGACGGCGAGUUCGGACCACCGCCUCAAGGUCUGGGACAAGAAGGACGACUCCUGGUCGCUUGUCGAGAGCUGGAAGGCCCACGAUGCUGAGAUAGUCGAUGUCAAGUGGAACGGGCCUUUCAUGGGCGAGGUGAUCGGCAGCAUUGGCGAAGAUGGCCGCUGCAAGCUCUGGCAGGAAGAUGUCACAGAGGUUCCCAUGUCAGGAAACCGCUUCAAAUUGAUCACAAACCUCGGCUCGCAGACGAAUGCGCCCUUCAUGUCCCUGGACUUCAAGAACAUCAUGCAGGAGACCUGGCUAGCCCUGAUUACUCGUGAUGGCCUGCUGACCGUCUACGAGCCCAUCGACCAGAGCAGCCUCAAUGAGUGGGAUCUGAUCGCGGAGCAUUGGGUGUGCGCGAGCAAUCCUCCGGAGCGCCAGGAAGAAGUCGGAUUCAAAGUCGUGUUCCACAAGGAGAAGCUCCCGUGCUGGACUGCCAUCAUGGCCGGCUUGGAUCGCAAGUCCCUCUCGCUAGCAGUCGCGGCCAUGAAUACCGUUCUCAUAUUCCGCACCGACAAGACCAAGCGUUUCUUCAAGGCAGCCGAGCUGAAGGGCGCUCGACAGAUCAUUCGCGACGUAGCAUGGGCGAAUGGCUCCAUGCGAGGACACGAUGUCCUGGCAACCGCCAGCAAGGACGGCGCCAUCCGCAUCUACGAGGUGUCAACUCCUCGUUCAGACAAGUCCACCACGGCCGGAAACUCGUCGGGUUCAACUGCUACCGAGACAAUUUCCUCUCCACAGCCGGGCAAGUCGCGGAAGAAUACGGCUUCUGGCAUUGGAGCCGGACUAGCAGCAGCGUCAAAGGCCCCGGAUCACACUCAAGAUAACGAGCAAUAUCCCGGACGCAUUCGACAGGUCACGAAGCUUGUGGACGAGCUUACCAAUCAUCAUGGCGCCGUAUGGCGUGUGGCAUUCUCGCAAAUGGGCGAUUUGCUCGUAUCGACCGGAGACGAUGCUUCUAUUCGCACAUGGAAGAAGGUUGUUAACGGUCAUUGGGCUGAGUAUGCCGAGAUAGAAACAGCCCGCGAGCAGUAG